GGCAUCAGUGGAGGCGGCGGGUGUAGGUAAACAAGAGCUCCGGUCCCUGAGCACGUGUACACCUGCACCUUCACGCACGCCACACCUGCCCUCCACCACACCUGCCCUACACCACACCCGUCGUGGCCAGGUGAAGAGUGGCACUGGUCGUGGUGACGACUACACGCCGGGAGUGAGGCGACCAGUGGUGGACACCUCGGCUCUACACUCAUCAUGAGGGCUGAUGAACCUGACAGUGAUCCUGUUGUUGCUGAGAUUCCAGUAUACCUGGCCAAGACCCUGGCUGAGCAGCUGUAUGUGUUGCAGUAUCCCGUGAGGCCUCACUCUCACAACUAUGACGAGUCGACUAUCCUUAAGACAAGUAUUCGGCCCCAAAGUGGUCAGGUGGAGAUGGAGUUGGGGUUACGAACUAGAGGACCGACGUACGACAAAAGUAAGGGCGAGCAGAUAGCUCUUAAUGUUGAUGGACCAUUCAGAGACAAACGUGAUACUGAAGAUAAUUUCUACAAGAGCAAUGUUAUGGACAAAUUAGUUUUAACUUCAACCAAAGCUCUAAGUGAUGUUAGUCGCUAUGCAGUUGGUGUUGUCCGCGAUUCCAGUCUUCAUUUAACACCUAUAGCAUCUGUCCUAGCCCUUCGACCAUCAUUCUCAUACCUGGAUUUAGCAGACAAACGAGGACGGCAAGAACGGAAGGACACGACUGGAGAGGGUGAAGAUUCUGACGAUGAGGAAAAAGCCACGAAAGUGACUGUGCGAUUUGAGAAGCCAGAUACGAUGAAGACUCGCAAAGCAAAGGAAAAGAGCUAUGGGUUUCUCCUUCGUCAGAUACGCGAUGAACCCUGGAUUGAAGUGGCUUAUAACAAAUCUGGCAGCGAGCGCAGUGAAUUUGAGCUGCGAAAAUUGUACUGCAUGUAUGAAGACGAGCACGUGGACCAGUUCAGCUUAGGCUCGGCGGAAUACCUAAGCCAGUUAGUGCCGCCCACAGAGGAAGUACAAUUAGCGACACCGGGACUUCCAGCACACCUCUUGUCACGCUCUGCUCUUACGGCUCUUCCCUUGCAUGACCGUGUCAAGACUGUCAUGAUUAAUGCUUGUGUUGCAUCGUUUGGUGAGCUGCUGGGAGUGUUUGGCUAUGGCAACAGCGUUGAGUCAGCACUGUCUGUGCUGAAGGUGCUGCAGCAAGUUGCUGUGCUUGUCCAAGGCAAUUGGGUUGUUAAAUCAGACAUACUUUAUCCGAAGGACAGCAGAUCGGAGUCUGGGGUGCCUAAUGAACUUAUUCAACGAGGAAGAGAUUAUGUGUUAUACCUCUUCACGAAAAGCACGAGUGUUGUACGUGCUGAAGUUGCCGAUGUUGUGGGACUGCCAGCCAGUGAUUUGAAAGACAUAUUGUGUGGGGUGUCCCGGUGCCGGGGGUCUCGGACAACAUGGGAGUUUCUCCUUCCUACAGACAGUACCUUCAUGAAGAAGUAUCCUGAUGUUGUUCAAAGACAGCAGAUGAUUUGGCAGUCCAGAAGUGAGCAGCUGUCUCAUAUUUUUAAGGAUAAGCAAGUUAAAAAGGAUGAUCUAAACAAAGCUGGCCCCUCAACUGCCAGCAAAAAACCACGCGUCGUGCGUAUCAAAUCGGAACCGAGCGAUGAUGUAGCAGAACCACAACCACAGCCAGCAAAACAACGUCGAGGCAACAGAGAAACAAGAUGAUGUGUCAUGGGUGUAGAUGCUGCCAGAUUUAGGCCGAAUAACAUUAUCUGCUUGUGAUUAGAGAACUACGGUAUGCUCGAUGAUAUCACACAAACAUGAUGUAUCAAUGAGGAAAUCGGAAAAUCAGUUGCAUUACCUGCGUGAUACCUGCUUGAUGGGGUUCUGGGAGUAGUUCUACUCCCCAAGGCCAGGCUUGAUUUGUGAGAGUUUGGUCCAUCAGGCUGUUGCUUGGAGCGGCUCGCAGGCCCAGGCAUUGCUUUUGACUGCCGUGGCGUUGUGGGGAAGGGUGCUAACGUUGGAGUCCCAAGUGAGGGGUUUGAAUCCUCCUCAUGGCUCCUACUGAUUAACUCUUCAGUAUGUUAAUGACUUGGGGUUUAUGCAUUCCUUUCAGUAUUUAUAUUCUGUACUGUGUACUAUCUAUAAAAAAGCACCAAGGGCAGAUGAAUGUGAUCUAUUAAAAUAAGUUUUUUCUCUAGGCAAAUUGAUCUAAAGCAGAGCAAUAAUGGCAUAUUGAGAAUAUAAAAAUCACAAAGUUGUAAGUCCCAGUAAGCUGGUAAUUAAUGUUAAAGGAAGCUUUGUUCUCUAGACUCUUCUAAGCCUAAAAAAUCCUGUUGCUCCAAGGCCUAAUCAAUCGGCUUCCUGGAUUGAUCUUGUGUUAGAAUAGUUAAUACAGAAUCUGAAUAUGAUGUGAAUGUAAGCUCUUAACAUUUGUAUGUUGUGUGUGCCAUUUUUAUACCAGGUACUGAGCUAUUCCUGGUCUUGAAGCUCUGGGCCAAAGAUCUCUGAACAUUGUUCCUUAACUCUGUUGUGUGUAAUAUUUAGAAAUUACAACAGUAAUGUAACAUUAGUAUUGGUACACGUGACUUGUUAAAUGAAGGAGUUUGCACUGAGAGAUAUUCGUUGUACAAGUUGAUGUUGUUCCUCGAGUGUUGUAAUAUGUUGUAUAUUCUUUGAAGAACUGAAAUAUCCACAACUACUAAUUCAGGAUUAAAAAUGUCUCCUAUAGUAGCUCGGGUUUCAACAUUUCAUUGGGGUGAGCCUUGAAGGCAUUAACGGUGCUACAGUCUUCCCGGCUUGGCACCUUCAAGCACAAUGAAGGUGCCAGGGUUCUUUUGAUAAAUGUUUGCUUGCUUCAAGGCACUAAUUACAAGCAAAUUUAGUGGUUAUGAGCUACCCCUAAAUAAGUGUCGACUCGUAAGCUUUUGCGUUUCCUCUCGACAAAAGUACACACAGUAUUUUGGUUCCACAUACCCCACAAUUUAACGUCAUCCAUGGAAGUAGCUGUAAAACAUACCAAUAAUUUUGCUAAUGGAUAUUACCCUUCAAUAGAUGACCUGUAUAUUAUGUUAGACGGGUAAACUUAAUAGAUUUUUUUUUAUUUGAUAGGCAGUAUUCACAGUGCAUGUUAUCAAGGUUAAACAUGAUGGUUCAAAGGAAGAGCAGUCACAACUCUGUUUUUGAGUACAGUAUUUAUAAUAAACUAAAAUUACAAUUAAAACAUUCAGGUGCAGUAUAAUUGUCAAUUUGUUUUUGCCUCAUUCAAAUGUUGUACAUUAUCAAUCUUCAAUAAAACACAUGGAGAGCA